CGGCUGGCUCCUUCGUUGCCUCCUUGUCCGGAUGAUUUCCAAUAAAACCCUUAUAACUAACGUCACCUCCCUCCAUUUUCCAAAUCCCGAAAUAUCAAAUAAUAACAAAAACCAAAACCCUAAAUAAUCCACCCGCCCAAUGCAGAGCUGAAUAUCAUGUCAAGGCUUUUCUCUUCCUUGCAAAGGAGGACCUUUUCUCCUUCUCAACUUCGAUCAGGGGUUGGAGGCAGCUCACGAGCCUACAAUGUGAUCACGCCAUCCGAGCAAGCCUCUGUUCUCCAGGAUGAUAUAGCCAAGAUUCGUCGUGAUUUCCUUGCUGCUAAAGAGAAUUUUGUCCAGAUUCCUGAUGCUCUCAAGGGAAUUCCCAAGAUGAAUCCACGAGGUAUAUAUGUCAAUAAGAACCUGAGGAUGGACAAUAUACAAGUUUGUGGAUUUGAUUAUGACUAUACUUUGGCGCAUUAUUCGUCUAAUCUACAGACCUUGAUAUAUGAUCUUGCCAAAGAGCAUAUGGUCAAUGAGGUUAGUUUUUUUUCUACUGAUUUCUAUUUUACUUUAUUAUUUUUUUUAUGGGUUGAAUAUCAUUUCCUUUUUUCCUUUUGGUGGCUCUUGCAGCUUCGAUAUCCUCAAUGUUGCUUGGAAUUUAAAUACGAUCCUACCUUUCCCAUAAGAGGUCUAUACUAUGACAAGUUAAAAGGGUGUCUUUUGAAGUUAGAUUUCUUUGGGUCAAUUGAACCUGACGGAUGUUACUUUGGCCGUCGUAAGCUUAGCAGGAAGGAAAUAGAAGAGAUAUAUGGUACACGACAUAUUGGUCGUGACCAAUUAUGGGGGCUUGUUGGGUUGAUGGAUUUCUUUUGCUUCAGUGAGGCAUGCCUUAUUGCAGAUAUGGUGCAACAUUUUGUUGAUGCUAAGCUGGAAUUUGAUCCUUCCUACAUCUAUCAAGAUGUAAACCAUGCAAUUCAGCAUGCUCACCAAAGUGGCUUGGUUCAUAGAGGAAUUCUUUCUGAUCCGGACAGAUACCUAGUUAAAAAUGGACAGCUGCUGCGCUUUCUCAAGAUGCUUAGAGAGAAAGGGAAAAACCUUUUCUUGUUGACUAAUUCACCAUAUAAUUUUGUGGAUGGAGGGAUGCGUUUUAUGUUGGAGGAUUCUUUGGGUGAGAGAGAAUCCUGGAGGGAACUUUUUGAUGUUGUGAUUGCUAAAGCCAAUAAGCCAAACUUCUACUCAUCCGAGCAUCCAUUCCGCUGUUACGACAUAGAGAAGGACACCUUAGCGUACUCAAAGGUGGAUGCAUUUCUUCCAAAUAAAAUUUAUUACCAUGGAUGCCUUAAAUCUUUCCUGAAUAUUACAAAGUGGAAUGGACCAGAGGUGAUGUACUUUGGGGACCACCUAUUUAGUGACCUACGAGGUCCUUCAAAGGCUGGCUGGCGUACUGCUGCCAUCAUCCAGGAACUAGAAAGUGAAAUUCAAAUACAAAAUGAGGAUAGUUACCGCUUUGAACAGGCCAAAUUUCAUGCAAUACAAGAACUUCUUGGUAAAUUGCAUGCGACUGUAUCUAAUGGUAAGAGAAGUGAAGAAUAUGAAUCACUUUAUGAGCAGCUAAAUGAUGAGAGACAGAAGGCACGCUGCACAAUGAAGAAAAUGUUUAAUAGAUCUUUUGGAGCCACAUUCCUCACUGACACAGGUCAAGAAUCUGCUUUUGCUUAUAACAUCCAUCAAUAUGCAGAUGUGUAUACCAGUAAGCCAGAGAACUUUUUGUUCUAUCCAUCAGAAGCAUGGUUUCAUGUACCCUUUGACAUCAAGAUUAUGCCACAUCAUGUGAAGGUUCCUUCAAGCUUUUUCAAGACUCUGUAGAUAAUUUUGCAGGGCAAUUGGAAAUGGAUUUAGAUGUUUAGACUCGUAUUCAUUGUUGAACAUAUGAUGACUAAAGGUCACUUUGGUCACUUUGUUCAGCCACUUGAUGUGACAAGAGAAUAUGUUACAAUAUGUACGUACAUUGUAAGUACAUUGAUUUUAUUACAUUCAUCCCUUCAUUCUUUCAACAUAAAUUCAAAAUAAUAUACAUUUUUGUAAGUUUC